AUGUUGGUUAGUUUUAUCUGCCUUCUUGUCCUUACCCUUUUAACCUCAUCAACAAGAGAAAUCAGCUCAGACGUUAAAGCUAGCUCAAAAAGCUCUAAAAUUGACUCCAAACUGCUCCUGCAAGACCCUAAUCUCCCUAAUCAAAAUUUUCAAGAUGCCAUGAAUUCUCGAAAACUAAAAGAAAACGCAACCAGUGAUGCUCCAGGAAGCCGAAAUAAAAGGCAACUAUAUACCCGGUGCAUAGAUGAUGUGUAUGGCUCCUAA